UUAAAAUAUGUUUUAGUAUGUGUCAAAACUUAUACUUAUUCGUGAUUUAAAUAAAAGUUCACUUAAUUUUUUAUCUAUUUAAACGUGUUAUUUGAUAGAUAAGAUCAUUGUUUUACGGUUGGUAACAGAAGGGCGUUGACAUUUAUCAAAAAGGCAAAACGUGAAGAUGCAUCUGUGACAUUAAUUUGUCAGUAGCAAUUUUAUUGGAUUUGUUGUUAUGAUUGAUUUUUUAUGAAUUAAACGAGAAAGAUGUCAAUUAAUUUAACAAAAAAUAAAGACGCUUUGGUGGCUGCAUGGCACAGCGUAGUCGACGAUAAAUCGUCUACUAACUGGGCUUUGUUUGGAUAUGAAGGACAAACUAACAAUUUAAAAGUGGUUGGUUCUGGAAAUGGAGGUCUAGAAGAAAUGAUUGAUUCUUUAAAUAGUAGUCAUAUCAUGUAUGCCUUUUGUCGUGUAAUAGACACUAAAACAAGCUUACCAAAAUGUCUUUUAAUAAAUUGGCAAGGAGAAGGAGCACCAAUUGUUAGAAAGGGUACCUGUGCAAACCAUAUUAGAGAUAUAGAAAAAUUAUUAAAAGGUGCUCAUAUAACAAUUACUGCUCGUUCUGAAGAUGAUGUUGAAGUAGAUUCUAUCAUGGAAAAACUUGCUAGAGCAACAGCUUCAGCAUAUAAAUUUAAUGAACCACGUGGUGAAAAUGAAGGUAACACAGGUCCAGUAGGAACUACAUAUCGCAGAGUAAUUCCUGAACAAGAAAUAAAUGCAACAGAACGUGAUCAAUUCUGGCAAAGGGAGGAAAUGGAGGAGAAGAAAAGAUUAGAGCAAGAACGUAUUAAAUGUGAAAAAGAACGACAACGGCUUGAAGAAGAAAUUAGAACUAGAGAAGAAAAAGAAACAUUGCUCAGAGAACAAAAAGUCACUGCCAAAGAAAAUUCAAUAGCGCGACAAAAAUUGGCAGAACAACGUGCCGAAGAGGCGAACAAUUUACGUAAUCAAUUAGCUGCAAGUCAACAUUAUAGCAAUGAUGUUGAUGAUGAUCAUAGAUCACGAAGUGAAGAGUUACGACGACAGAGAAGCAAAGAAACGCAACAAUUAAUAGCACAAAGAACAAUAAAUGCACGAGCUGUUUUUGAACAGAAUUCAGCAGCUGGUCAAAUGAAAUCUUCUUCAGUACAACAACAAUAUAUACCGAAGAAUAGUCAUGUAGAAGCAGCUAAAAAAGCAAUUGAAGAAAGUCAACAAAAGGAUGUAUCUCAUAUUAAAGUACAAGAAGAAACGAAAAUAGUAAAGAAUAAAACACAUAAUAUUGAUAGUAUAGUAACUACUACUGUUUCAAAUACAUCUUCGCCUUCGAAUCAAGUUCAAGAAUCAAAAUUGUCAGAACUAGAAGAAUCUCAGCAACCAUCAAUGACAAAAGAAAUAGUUACUGAAAAUGAAUUAUACAGUCAAAUGGAUGGUCAGUACUUAUAUUUUGAUCCAAAUAAUGAAGGAAUGAAAGCAAGAGCUUUAUAUGAUUAUCAAGCAGCUGAUGAUACGGAAAUUACAUUUGAUCCUGGAGAUAUUAUUACACACAUAGAUGCUAUUGAUGAAGGAUGGUGGCAAGGUCUUGGUCCUGAUGGUACUUAUGGACUUUUUCCUGCUAACUACGUUGAAGUUAUUGAUUAUAGUACAACAUGAUAAAAACAAUUUUUAUGCAAAUAGUUCUUUUUUCCAAUUAAACCACACUUGCUUGUUUGCAUAUAAAAAGUGACAUACAAUAUUCUAAUAAUUUUGCACUUUUUUUCAAUAACUUACAGUUUUUAGAUGCGACGUAUUUCGACGAAUAUAAAAAAAACAAUAAUAAUAUUAAUUAAAAUAAAAGAAUUAUUUAUGUUUUAAAUAAAUGCACAUUCAAUAAUGAAGAAAACCAAUAUUUCUAAUAAUAAUCACGUAAAAGAUAAAUAUUGUUAAUAUUUUAGCGAACAAGAUUUAAAAAAUUAAUAAUCUUACAAUGCCAUUUCAUAUACAAAUAGCGAAGUACGUCUUCCCAUUCAAUGUCACAAACUAAAUAAAUUAGUAAACAAAUAUAUCUUUUUAUAACAUUCUACGUCGAAAAUCGAUGCGCUCAUAGAAAUAGCAUAUUUAAUAAUUUAGCAAGUAUCCUUUAAAUAUAUUUACAGGAUGUAAUAAUAACUAUUUAGGAACAUGUUUAAUUGUUUAAACAAUAAAUUAAAUUUGUUAGUA